AUGCCUCCGAUCCUACGUCAACCUUCAAUCAAGGACCUAACACCUUCGAACUACACAUUGCCUUGUGCGACAUACGAAAGAAUGCAAAAGGGGACAGUGAAAAUAAAAGUGGAACCAGCAUCCAUCAAAGACCCUUCACCAAACUAUGCUUUGCCUCGCGUGACACACGAGAAAAUGCAAAAAGGAGUCAUGCCAAUAAAAGUAGAAACGAUACUCACCAAAGAUCUCACACCGCUAAACUAUGCGCCACCUCACGUGGCAUACGAAAAAGGGGUAGUCUUAACGAAAGUGGAGUCGGCGCCCUCGCAAGUCAUUCAAGAACUUGAACCUCCAAGUAAAAUAGACAUAAUCAAAACUCAUAUGACGAGUACAGAAAAACUACAGAGUCAACAAUCUACAAGGAAUUUGACAUUAAGAACCCGGCCGGGUGGAGGGCCACCUGUAAAACCAAAAAUUGAAAAAAUUGUGAACCCACCAAGUUCAACUCCAACAAACGGCACACGCGUUGACAGAGGCGUGUCGAACGGGAGAAUUAGGAACGACAAAAAAGGUUCUCGUCCAAUUUGCUCAUUGCCGAAUGCAGAUAUAACCCCGAGGAUCCCUGAAAUUGUGAUGCUUCAGGGUAGUGAGCCAAACAAAACAUUAAUGACCGAAACUCCCGACGCGAGAUCUACUUCUGGAUCAACACCGCCAGAAAAGGGCGGAAAACACAAGACACAGAGUAAAAGGUCGUCGAAAAAAAAAUCGCGAGUUCGAUCUUUCCCUAACAGUAACUUUAUUCCCCUUGCUAUACGCAAUAGACCACCACUCAAAGAAACGACGACUCCGGAUGAAUUAGGCAAACAAAAAACUUCAGUCGUUCAGUCAUCCACCAGUUCACCCAAAGGUGGAAACGAAGACCUGGACAAACUGUUUAAGGGCACAACAUACUAUUCCAUCAGCACCGCGAUGCAAUCUAUUGAUGUCAUGCAGGACACGCGUAUAAUAUGGAAUUCAUUUCAAGAACAAUGGGCACCAUUCUGGUUAAAACGCCCUUGUGUACUCUUGAGAGAUUUUUCGCGCGUCCAUAAACUUCAUGAUCCAGUUUAUUCCCUGAGAAUUGAAAACAAUAAUUCCUACUGUUGUUGGGUAGAAAAUGAUGCAAUAGACUACGUGUCAAUUCAAGCUUUCGAAAUCUUGUAUAUAGAAGUCAGUGAGAUCUCCGGAAGGGAUAUAGGGUAUCCGGCGGACAGAAGAGCACAAUGUAAGCAUGAUGCUGUCAUUGAUAAUGGAGGUUGUCCAACAUCUGGCAUUAAUGACACGGACGAUCUAAAUCCUCACGAAGCCUUUGAUUGA